AUGAUAAUAGAUCCACCGGAAGUUGUGGAAGUGAUUUAUGAUGGACCGAUAUACAGGAGAGAAGGAUAUUGGCAAAGACCUGGAUACAGUAUGAGACAGUGGGUAGAUCACUUGUUCCAAGUGAUGCACUAUUCGAAAUUAGAUGAGAUUUGUUUCAAUGUGGUUGAGGAUCACUUGGAAUUGGAGACAAUCGAUGCAUUCGUCAAUGGAAUUGAUAUCAAAGCACUGAAUAUUACUAGAACAUUCUCUCCGACCUAUUUCUUAAGAAUCCUUCAAAAAUUUCCAAGUGCCAAGCAGCUCCAUGUCUCACAGAAUCCAUUCAAAUUGUGUCAAUCUGAGCAACAGAAGAUAUUGAUUCAAAACUACGACAUCCUCAAGUUACAAUCUAGACGUGUAGAUCAACUUUGGGAAAAUUUCCCUUUGGAUGACUUACUGAUCAUCAAUAGUCGUAGAGUGUUAAUCACCACAGAGAAUUUCACAAACAAGAACUUGAAUCAAUUUUUGAAGCACUGGCUGAAAGGUUCCAAUCCAAGACUGGAAUUGUUACAUAUACAAUCUAAAAAUGUUGCUGGUUUUGAUGCUGAAAUAGCUCUGAAAGGAAUUCUACAUGAAGAAAGAAGGAAUCUUCCACGAGACAAGAUAUUUGAUGAAUGUAUUCAACUUUAUCGUGGUGAACAACUCAAUGGCGUUCAAGGAAUCGAUAUAAGAAGAGGGACAGAUGGAUCAGUUGCAACGCUUCAAGUCAUUGAUACUAAAGAGGGAAUUGAGUUCCAGUUUGUGGUUUGGCAUGAGGAUUAG